GAGUCUCCGGAGCCGCAGCUCGGCAUGGCUCCCUUGGCGCUGCAGCAGUCGCCCCCUCGGCAGUCGCCGCAGCAGCAGCAAUCGCCGAACCAGCAGCAGCAGCAGCAGCAAGGCCAACUGAACGGCGGCCACCGGCUAGCGGCAAACGGACUACGAGGUAACCGCGAGGCCAGCUGCAACGACAACAGCCAGCACCAGACUAGUCUCAAGUUCAGCAUAGAUAACAUACUGAAGGCGGACUUUGGCCGGCGGAUCACCGACCCGAUCUCGCUGAAAAAGUCGCGCAACAAACGAGCCCCGACGCGGCCGAUCGACCUCAGCAAAGACUUUUCCCUCGAGAGCUCGUCCGAGGGCUCCGAGCGGGGCUCCGAACGCGGCUCCGAGGCUGGCUCCACCAGGAACGUCUCACCUAGUCUUCAGCUGGCCAACAGUCCGGCGCCCAACCCGGCCACUUCGAGCGCCGCCAGUCCCAACUCCAGCUCCGAGACCGGCAAAGUCAUGCAGUGGCCUGCCUGGGUUUACUGCACGAGGUACUCGGAUCGACCGUCUUCCGGUCCACGGACGAGACGGCCGAAGCGGCCGAGCGAAGCUAAACCCAUGGCCGAGCCGGAGGAGAAGAGGCCGCGAACGGCCUUCAGCGCGGAACAACUGGCCAGGCUGAAGCGCGAAUUCGCCGAGAACAAGUACCUGACGGAGCAGCGCCGCCAGACGCUCUCGAAAGAGCUCGGACUGAACGAGGCCCAGAUCAAGAUCUGGUUCCAGAACAAGCGGGCCAAGAUCAAGAAGGCCAGCGGUCAGAAGAAUCCGUUGGCGCUUCAGCUGAUGGCUCAGGGCCUCUACAAUCACUCGACGGUGCCACUCUCCAAGGAGGAGUUGGAGCAGGCCGCCGAGCUCCAAGCCAACUGAUGGGAGCCAAACUACCAAAUACUCGUUGUUCGAAGCUCAGUAAAUGCCAUUCGACGCAGCUCGCGAGCGAUAAGCUAUUAGCCGAUUCCCGUGACAAUUGUGAGAUUAUAGCGACAUUACAGUAAAAUUAAUCGACAGUUCCUUCUAUAUACUUGUUAUGGCCUAAAUUGCAUUUCAUAACUUCUGUUUGGCACUUGGCAACAUUUUUUUUGUAAAUAUUAAUCUUAAAUCAUAAAACUAACACAUGCAUCACGUUCGCGCGUAAUACAAAUAAAAAUAGGAGUCGUAUUGCCAUUUGUGCAUCGAGUCAAAGUCGACACAUUGAGACAUUCGAAAGAUCAUCCUUGACGCCACUCGACGCCAAGGACGUACAAUACAUCUUUUGUCGCGCGAACUGUUAACGCCGCGUACAAAUGCUCGCUUCGAGGACUACCGUUAUUGAAUUUUGUUAUUUGUUUUUUACAUUCUCAGCCGUAACGAUCGAUUCGGACUUUAUCCCUCUUAUCUCACUCGAUGCGACAAUUUGCCCAUUCGACAAAAUUGAUCGAUGCUCCGUGCCAUCACUUUUAUUAACUCGGACUUGGAUCACUGAGAUACCGUACCUGUAUAUUCGUAUGAUUACUCCAUAAGUAUAUAUUUCAAUGUCGUUGGUCGUCGAGUUAAGCCAUCCUCGUAUGUGAUUACACGAGCGCCAACCUGGUCGAGUUGAGCGAAAAACCUGGUCAGGCUAGGCCAAAAUUAGUUUAAACAACAACGAAAAUGAUGGGCUUUCCAAGUUGCUGUGAGCGCCUUCCUCGGCUAUUUCAGAGUCACGAUAGACCAAACUUUCGCCCGUACGAAACGACGUUGCGUAAAACUGGCCGACCAUAAAACUUGUACAAAGUGUCGCUGGCUCAUUUUGAUGUAUCAUUUUUCAGCUAAAUCUCCUUCUUUUGUACAUACCGACAAGACAAAGUUCGGGAAACCUAUAAUGAUCACUGAUGAAAAGGGACGUUUGCGACUUUACACAGUAUUAUACCAUUGAUCGUACAUCAAUGAUUGCUCAAGAAAACGAAGCUCGUCAUUAUAUGUCAUUUUGCAAAGUCAAAGUUAUUUCUCCUCUUUUAUCUUCUCAUUGUUAUCGAGUGCAGUCGUGCAGUUUUAGCAGACCUGCCUAAUUUAUUCGUUAGAUAUUCGUGUAAUAUAUUGUAAAAUAGCCUCGCCACUUAAGAACGAUUGUACUAUUGUAAUUGCGUCGUGCGUUAAUUGGAAUAAUGAAUAAAAAAUGAAUACACUUACACAAAUGCACAGAUACACCGAAACUCGAUGGUCGAUACAAAACUGCUUUUUCCUUAUCUCCUAGAUGGGAAGCAAGUUGACUCGUCAUACGUGUAAGCAGACAUUCUUUUCUCGCACUUUUUCGUCCACGACACUGCACUGAUAAAAAUUGGCGGACUAUCACCGGCAGCGGGUUAAUAAUCGCACUCCAUGUAACUCGUAUAGAGUUCGAGUUCGAUUACUCAAAUCACAAGUUCAAAUCACACACUGUGCACACAAACACACACACACACACACACACUGAUCAAUAGGCUCGCGAGCCGGCUUAAUCCGUGAGAUGAGCAGCUCGCGACUCAUAUAUUGUGUAUCUGCAGAGACGCACACUUAUUUACACAAGAUCGACGAGCGCGCGCCAGUCCACUCGUUGACACGACAGUUGCAGAUUCGAACUUGGCCGUUACUCUUGGAACGCGAAUGUCGUUCGACAGUCGUCACUAUUGGUCACUUUACUGAUUCGUCCAUAGGUAAAACAAACGAGGCGUUGCGGAUCGAGUCUAAACGAGAGACCUUCUUUGUUUUGCCUCCAGGCAAAUCAGUAAAGCGAACAAAAUAGCGACGACUCUCGAAACGGUCUAUUGCAAUUCGGCAUCAAUGUGCCAAGUUACUUUGUUCUAUUAAAUGUAUUGAAGGGCUCGCGAUGCAUAUACCCUCUUUCGGUUAAAUAGUCACAUCGCUUCUAGAGACUUAAAGCCUAUCUGUUAUCUGCAUUUUACGACGAAUAUCUUGUUGCACGAUGUCGGGCCGUUGGGCUGCUCGCGCGCUCGAGUCUGUGUAUGUGUGUGUACUGUGUACAGUGUAUGUGUCGAGUGUGCAGUGUAUCACAAUUCACAGUGUCAGUUGAUCAGUACAAGUAUCGAGCUCGGACUCGAUGUGUCAUUUCAAUUGCGCGAUAAUCCUAAAAUGCGUCGCUUACGACGGCUAAUAGCCAGGUAUUUUUCAUUAGUGUCAUUUUUUUUCUACCUACGAAAUCUGACAGCAUUUUUUUAAAUAAAAUAUCGAAGCGUGUACGUAACUUCGAGUCUCGAUCUCUGUCCUAUUAUACGCAGAGCUGCAGCGAGCAGAAACUCGCAUUUUUAUGCUAACGUGAUGCUGCUUGGUAGUUUGACUCGCAAAGCUGCAGUACUGAUCUCAUUCUCGUUUGGCUGAUCCUAGACUUGCGUUGGUUUUAAAUAGAGCCAGCUCGCGUUCUGCUGGGAAAAUUCAUUUGACCUGCGGAUAAAUCAAAGACUGAUCGCUGUGUGUGUGUGUGUAAUAUUAAACAAUAAUUCCGAUUCUUUCUAUUGCUCAUGUCUUUUAUAUAAACAACGUAUAUUGAUGGACGAGUAGGCGCGAGUAUAGUAUUUUUAGCAACUUUGUGAUUCUCUUGUACAUUAAUCAGUUGAAAAGUUUACCAUAGCUUUGACAACUAUUCAUUUUAAAAAGCAGAACGAAGGUACGAACAAAUGUUUGUCGUGUUUUUGCGCAAAAUUCAAUGUACUUCUGGCGUCGAGUUUCCCCAUUUGAUUGAGAGUAUGUAAUCUUGGAUGUAACUUGUAACUUGUUAAUUGAUAAAAUGCAAUAAACGUCGCGACACACUUAUUUAUAUUAAUUACAAUGUACAUAUUAUCAUAGGUAAAUCUGUAAAUAAUACGCCAAUCGUGACGUCUUCAAGCUUGUAGACUGUUCAUAUAAUUUUAAUUGUGUAUUCAACGAAGCUAGAUUUGUAAGGAGCGAUACGUAAUGCGUCAAAACAACUAGAUUAGUCGAAUAAAUUUGUACGUGUAAAGUUAUGUGGAAAAUUGAUUAAA